AAAAGAACAAAACUAUCACGUGCCCUUGUGUAAACAGCAAAGGGGACGCAGCUGCACACACAUGGCUGGAGAUCAUGACUAAGCUGUGCCAACUUCCCCACCUCCCAGAUGAAAAAACUGACCAUGAAUGCUACCACAGUAAACCCGUCGGACUGUCCAGAGGUGAAGGUCCCCUUCCUUGUCUUCUUCAUCAUUGGAGUAGUGAGCCUAGCGGAGAACCUCUUGGUUGUGGUGGCUGUCAUAUGCAACAGGAACCUGCACUCGCCCAUGUACUGCUUCAUUUGUAGCUUGGCUGCCUUCAACACCAUCGCCAGCCUCACCAAAACCUGGGAGAACCUGAUGAUUGUGUUUGCCGAUGUGGGGCAGCUGGAGAAGAAGGGUUCCUCUGAGACAAAACUGGAUGAUGUGAUGGACUCACUUCUCUGUAUGUCUUUUGUUGGCUCUAUUUUCAGCUUCCUGGCCAUCGCUGUAGACCGUUACAUCACCAUCUUCCAUGCGCUUAGAUACCACAACAUCAUGACUAUGCGGCGCACAGGGGUCAUCUUAGGUGUCAUCUGGGCAACAUGCGGGGUGUCAGCCGUGCUCAUGGUGAGGUUCUUCGAGUCCAAGAUCAUCAUGAUCUGCUUCAUUGUCUUCUUUGUUGUCUCCUUGGUGAUCAUAUGCUUCCUAUACGUCUACAUGUUCAUGCUAGCGCUUAUCCAUGCCAGAAAGAUCGCAGCUCUUCCUACUUAUGGAGGCAGGAAGUGUCGGAGCCAGAGGCGGUGGGGCGGAAAUAUGAGAGGAGCCCUGACUCUAACCAUCCUUUUUGGGGCAUUUGUUGUGUGUUGGGCGCCAUUUUUCCUCCACCUCAUUAUCAUCAUGGUAUGCCCCAUGAACCCAUAUUGUGAGUGUUACCGAUCACUGUUCCAGCUGCAUGUGGUGUUACUGAUGAGCCACGCCCUCAUCGACCCGGCAAUCUACGCCUUCCGCAGCGCUGAGCUCAGACACACCUUCAAGAAGAUGCUUCUUUGUUCCGACUGGAUACGGUGUUUAUAGAGACCUUCUAUUUACACCUUUUAUUUUAGCCUUUAUUUAUCAAAGGAAUGUGAUCAGACACUCUACCUGCAGACUGCUUUACACUCAUUGGAUUUUAUAUAUCUAUACCUGGGAACUGGAUACACCACAUACAGGACUGUAGACCUGCACUGCCACUGAGCAGCUGGGGGUUCUCAAGGGCAUUUCUGCAGUAAUUGUUAAUGGACCAGUGUGUAGGAUUUAGUGGCAUCUUGUGGUGAGGUUGCAGAUUGCAACCAAAUAAAUAUUCGUUAUCUCACCCUCCACUUCCAAGCAUAUAGUAGAACCAAUGGUGUUUGUGAAAAACUUGAAAGGCCCUCUUUACAGUCAGUGCUUAGUGUGUAGUGUGUCUGUUCUGGGCUACUUUUGAAACAUCCUAUGUAGACAUAAAGGGCUCAUUCUAAAGCAACAAAAAACAUAAUGAUUCUUAUUUUCAUGUGAUUAUACACUACUUAAAACAUACUUUUGAAUAUUAUAUUAUAUUUCUGCAACUAUUUCUGCCAGUAGACCCCCCUAAAUCCCACACACUGGUCCUCUAAUUGCAAAUUAUUUACAUUCUUUUUUCAUAUUUUCAUUCCUGGUAUUUGAACCAGACUUUAUCAAGUCUAGUUUAUUUUCCAUUGUGUUUGAAUGAAGGUGUGCACGUGUGACUGUUCAUGUGAGUGUUUGCUCACCUCUGCAAGUAUUUCUGGGAAUAUUUUUUCAGAAAAUAAUCGCCAUCUGCUCAUUGCCAGCAUGCCUUGCCGGCUGGCAAUCGUCUGUCAUCCUUCGUCCUUUCCUCCCAGGAUUUGGAUGUGAUCUACUUCACCCCGUAUGUCAAUCCCUUCAAAUCCUGCUUGAAAUAACUCAUUUGCAUUCACAUGGGACACAUAUUUUCCAGAGGCCAUUUUUACAUGAAUCCAAUUAUGUUGUAAUUUCCAACAUUCACAGGGCCACAGUGUAUCAUAGCUAUAAUGAACAAUAAUACAGAAACAGUUCAACAUUUAAUCUUUUACCUUUAUUCAAACACAUAUAAAUAAAAUAAUUAAUUUUAAGCAACAUGGCCAACACAAACAUCAGUGGUUUCAGUUGAAGUUCACCUUUAUACUUUUGCAUGCCACCACUUACUAAUAAUAACACAAUAUAAAA